GCUGUCGAAUCGGAAGCUGCGUCCCAACAACGUAGCGAUCUCGGUUGUGUGACGUCAGGACGUAAUGUUGGUAUACUUCUUUCCUCUCUUAGCUAACGGCAGUUGGCAUGUGCAGCCUUGAAUAUAAAGUUUAAUUUAAAAUUUGCAUUCUCAGUAAAUUCACAUUGUAAUAUUGACAUCGACGGCGGCAGCAUGAGCACGUUAUGGAUGGGAAACCUUGAGGCCUACAUGGAUGAGAAGUUUAUCACCAGAUCCUUUUCCACCAUGGGGGAGACGGUGGUUAAUGUACGGAUCAUACGCAACAAGAUGACAGGUGUGUCGUCCCCCAGGGGGGCUCUGGGCUACUGCUUUGUGGAGAUGAGCGACGAGGCUACAGCGGAGAGGUGUCUCCGCAAAAUCAACGGGAAAGCCUUACCAGGAGCCAAUCCGCCAACCAGAUUCAAGUUAAACCGAGCCACCUUUGGGAAACAAGACAGUGGUCAGAUGUAUUCUCUGUUUGUGGGAGAUCUAACUCCUGAGGUGGAUGAUGGGAUGCUUUACGAGUUCUUUUACAACCGCUACCCUUCCUGUCGGGGGGGGAAAGUGGUGCUGGACAGCAUGGGCAACUCCAAGGGCUGUGGCUUUGUUCAGUUCCCAGAUGAGCGGCUGCAGAAGCGGGCUUUAGAGGAGUGUCAGGGUGCGGUGGGACUUGGCGGUAAACCUCUGAGACUGAGCCUGGCUGCUAACAAUCUAAGGAACAGGCAGCAGCAGCAGCCUUCGGAGCACAAAUCCUGGCAGUCCAACUCCGGAUACAGACCCAGCUAUGAUCAGUACAGCCAGUACCAGCAACAGGCCUACCCGGGCUACUACCCCUCCUGGGGCUACGACCAGACCGGAGCAGGCUACGGCUACAACUACCAGCUGCAGUAUGAUUACACCCAGUACCCCCCAGCACAGGAAAGUGAAGCUGUUCAGGAGGAUGAUGGACUUGAAGACCCGAGCCCCGAGCUGGAUGUGGUGGAGGCCAACAGGAAGUUCAUGGAGCUCAGUGAGGAACUGUACGACGCUCUGAUCGAGUGUCACUGGCAGCCAGCAGACUUAUCCACACAGCAGGACCACAUGACAUCCAGCCUGCCGGAGCCCAUUUACUGCUGAAACUCUGGACUUCUCUGUACCUCGCUGGGACGUUUUAUUUACUGUUGCCAGUUUUGACAGUAUGGACAUAAAGGAAAUAAGUCAUGGUAAUGGAUCUACAACAAAAACAUAUUUUUGAUUUACCGGUAUGUAAGCUCCACAACACACACUGAAUCCAAAGGA